UAAAUAAUAUUAUCUAUAUACUAGAUCAUGGACUCUUGGGAAGAGGAAGUUAGGAGAUUCAUGUUAGAGGAAGAAGAAGAGGAUGAUGAAUUAUUUUUUGUUCUGGUCCCCGCACUUCAAUUGGGCAUGUAUGAUGAGAAAGAGCCAGAGCACACCUCAGUUUUGACCGGUCCAAAAUAUGUCAAAGAAGUCUUAGAAGGUCAUGAGAGGUGGUGUAAAGUGGACUUUAGGAUGGAAUCUGAGAUUUUUAGAGCUAUAGUACACUUUCUUAGAGUGGAGAAUCUAUUACGUGACACGCGUGGUGUUAUGAUUGAAGAGCAGUUUGCAAUGUUUAUGUUCAUGCUCUCUCAUAAUGCGAGCACCGAGAGGCUAAAAAAGAGAUUCCAACAUAGUGGUGAGACUAUACAUAGGAAAAUUACAGAGUUCUUCGAUAUAAUUCCAGCCCUUACUCAUAAGUUUCUGAAGCUUCCAGAUGUAUACCAAACACAUGUCAAGAUUGCGUCCGACCCUCGAUAUAUGCCUUUCUUCCAGGUUAGUUAUAGGUACUAGAUACUUGGCCCAAUCAUAAC